CAGUUGAGCCACCUCCGAAUGGCACUCGCACAACUUCCACAUAGUAUCCCCCUCGGAAACUCCAAAUAUAAUUUUGAGCACUAUGCUCCAGGUCCGGAGAGGGUCGAACUCUAUGGCAGUACCGAAGCCGCACUGAAUAAUGUGCUCGAGGUCACGUUUGCACCCAGG